AUGGUUCAGAGGAAAAGAUUAAGGCAUAUCCAUGCAAGAUCUGAUCUUUUUGAAGGGUUACCUGAUGAUAUGGUCAUUUCCAUCCUCUGCAAGCUCAGUUCCACCGCUCGUUGUCCUUCAGAUUUCAUCAAUAUUCUCAUCACUUGCAAAAGACUAAACCGUUUGGGUCUCCACCCUCUGGUCCUCUCCAAAGCCGGUCCGGAAACACUCGCCGUUAGAGCAAAGAACUGGUCCCACCAUGCCCAUCGGUUUUUGAGACAGUGCAUUAACGCCGGCAACACUGAAGCCUCUUAUAUUCUCGGCAUGAUCCGAUUUUACUGUCUACAAGACCGACUGACAGGAGGGUCUCUCAUGGCGAAGGCGGCGAUAAAAUCUCACGCGCCGGCACUGUACUCCUUGGCUUUGAUUCAGUUCAACGGCAGUGGUGGCUCGAAAGCCGAGAUGUUACAGCGAGCCGGCGCAGCGCUCUGUGCCAGAGCCGCCUUCCUCGGUCACAUCGACGCCCUUCGUGAGCUUGGGCACUGUCUCCAAGACGGUUACGGCGUGCGCCAAAACGUCGCCGAAGGACGUCGACUCCUCGUCCAAGCCAACGCUCGCGAGCUCGCGGAUGUCUUACGCUCCUUCCGGCCAAUUUCUUUCAACCCUCUGACGUGGCAGUCUCUGAACCAGCGGGGUAACGGAUUUGUAAUCGGAUCUCCUUCGGAUGCCCGGAAGGGAAUUGGGUGUGGGUUGUGGAGCGACUUUGGGUGUACCUCGCCGGAGCGUGAGGUGCACCCGGCGAAUAGGUUUUUGGUGGGGUGGUUCGAGUUGAGAGGUGGUGGUCCGGGUCAUGGACUGAGGCUGUGCUCCUUUUCGGGUUGUGGAAGGCCAGAGGCCCGGAUAGGUGAGUUUAGGAGGUGUACGGGUUGUGGGAAGGUGAACUACUGCUCACGUGGGUGUCAGGCACUUGAUUGGAAGAUACGCCACAGGGUGGAGUGCGCACCCACGGAGCAGUGGAUGGAUCAAGAGGACAGUGAAGAAGAACCCGAGGAGGAGGACGAGGAGGUGCAGGGAGAGAACGAGGAGGCGUGGUGA